UCGUUAGCGCGUUCGCUUUGGCCUUGUUGACAACGGCCGACUCGCCGGUUUCUCUGUCCGACCUCGGUUGAAAUUUCGUUCACAUUUCACAUUCAUUGGAAUAUAACGAUCGUAUAAACAAUCAGAACACUCGCAGAUUUGUGAGAGUUUGGGAGAAUCAAAGGGAGAAAAGUAGAGAUGGGAGUGGACUACUACAACAUACUGAAGGUGAGCCGGAACGCGAGCGAGGAGGACCUGAAGAAGGCGUACAAGAGGCUGGCGAUGAAGUGGCAUCCGGACAAGAACCCGGCGAGCAAGAGGGAGGCAGAGGCCAAGUUUAAGCAGAUCUCCGAGGCCUACGACGUGCUCAGCGACCCUCAGAAGCGUCAGAUCUACGACGUCUAUGGCGAGGAGGGCCUUCAGGCGGUGGAGUUCGCAAGCCCUAACUCCGCCGGGGGGCCCUCGGGGUUCAGGUGGAAUCCUCGAGACGCCGAAGACAUCUUCGCGGAGUUUUUCGGCGGCGAUGACGGCGGGGGAAGGUUCAAGAAUGGGAACGGUGUCGAGGUGGCUGGGAAGAGCCAGGCGAAGAAGAUGGCGAACGUGAAGGCGGCGGCGAUAGAGAGCAAGCUGGUGUGUAGCUUGGAGGAGCUCUACAAGGGUUGCAGAAAGAAGAUGAGGAUUUCGCGGUCUGUUCCUGAUGAGUUUGGUAGGCCAAAGCCUGUUGAAGAAAUCUUGAAAAUAGACAUCAAACCUGGUUGGAAGAAGGGCACAAAAAUCACUUUUCCUGAGAAAGGCAACCAAGAACCUGGCAUUACUCCGGCCGAUCUAAUUUUUGUGGUUGAUGAGAAACCUCAUGCUAUUUUCAAGAGGGAUGGAAAUGAUCUGGUGGUUAAUCAUAAGGUAUCACUAUUGGAUGCACUCACUGGGGUAACUUAUAAUUUGACAACCUUGGAUGGAAGGAGUCUUGCUAUCUCAAUGACCGAUAUUGUAAAACCUGGCCAUCAGAUGGUGAUCCCUAAUGAAGGAAUGCCCAUCUCAAAGGAACCCAACAAGAAAGGAAACCUUAUAAUUAAGUUUGACGUUAUGUUUCCUACGAGGCUCACAGCAGAACAGAAAUCUGACUUGAGGAGGGCACUGGGUGGAGCUGAUAAUUAGUUGUGUUGAAGGACAGGUUUAUAACUAUUCAGUGACUCUGAUUAACAUUGUGAGGUCAGUUAAAAAUGUAAAUAUGUCGUGUUCCUACUAAUAAGAGCGAAUAUUGUGAAUAGUAGGAUGGAAGUUUGAACGGAUUUUGCCCAUUUUUUGUUGUAGUUUUGUUGGUAGCAUACAGUCAAGCCUUGGGAAAAACCUACCAUCCUCAGCUGCCGCCUUAGCUGCCACAAGAUGACUUUUGGUUUAUUUAAUUAUAAUCUGUAAACUAGGAAUGUAAAGAAAGUUUUUCAUUUUUUUUUUUUUUUUUAAUGUGCAGUCACAAAGAGAACAUUUUAAAUAGCGUA